GGGCAGCCUCCGAGCCAGCCGCGAGCUCCGCUCUCCCGCCAUGGCCCCCGCUCCGCCCCCCGCCGCCUGCUUCUCCGCCGCUGAGGUCCAGCGGCGCCUGGCGGCCGGCGCCUGCUGGGUCCGCCGCGGGGCCCGCCUCUACGACCUCACCGGCUUCGUGCGGCAGCACCCGGGGGGCGAGCAGCUGCUAUGGGCGCGCGCGGGCCAGGACGUGAGCGCCGACCUGGACGGGCCGCCGCACCGGCACUCGGCCAACGCGCGCCGCUGGCUGGAGCAGUACUACGUUGGCGACCUGCAAGGAGACCCCCAGGGUCCCGUGGAGAACGGGUCUGUGGCCUCCGCGAACACUCAGAAGACAGACCCUGUGAUGGAGCCAAAGCUCAAAGCAGUGGACUGGGACAAGGACCUGGUGGACUGGCAGAAGCCCCUCCUGUGGCAGGUCGGCCACUUGGGAGAGAAGUACGAUGAGUGGGUCCACCAGCCGGUAUCCAGGCCCAUCCGCCUGUUCCACUCAGAUUUUGUCGAGGCCCUCAGCAAGACCGUCUGGUACAGCGUCCCCAUCGUCUGGGUCCCCCUGGUCCUCUACUUCAGUUGGUCCUACUACGGCGCCUUCGCCCAGGGCAACGUCCCGCUCUUGGCACCCUUCGCCACAGGGUACUCAGUGGCCAUGCCCGAGUCUGCCUUCCCAGGCCUCUUCCUGCUGGGGCUGCUCGUCUGGAGCCUCCUGGAGUACCUCAUCCAUCGCUUCCUGUUCCACAUGAAGCCGCCCAGCAACAGCGCUUACCUCAUCAUGCUGCACUUCGCCAUGCACGGCCAGCACCACAAGGCGCCCUUCGACACCUCCCGCCUGGUCUUCCCGCCCGUGCCGGCCUCCCUGGUGAUAGGCUUCUUCUACCUGCUGUUACGGCUCAUCCUGUCCGCGGCCGUGGCGGGCACCCUGUUUGCGGGGAGCCUCAUGGGCUACGUCAUCUACGACCUGACCCACUACUACCUGCACUUCGGCUCCCCUCACAAGGGUUCCUACCUGUACCACCUGAAGGCCCACCACGUCAAGCACCACUUUGCACACCAUCAGUCGGGGUUCGGCAUCAGCAGUAAACUCUGGGAUCACUUUUUCCACACCCUCACUCCAGAAGAGCCCCACCUGAAGACGCAGUGACUUCGCCCCGCCCCGCCCUCAGCCCUAACUUGGCCGCUACCCCAGUCCACCCCACCCAGAUCCUGCAAGGAAGGUUUGCUUGGCCAGACAGCGCAGGCUUUGUCCAGCCCUCGGGCUCGGUGGAGGGUCCUGGGGAGACCCUGACCAAGGAUGACCCUGAGCCUGCCCUCCUGACCCGGCACAGGAAGGCCCCGUCUGCUGGGUGGCCUAAGAGCCCUCGGGGACCAGCUCUUCCCUGGAGCACCCCAGCCUCUCUGCCAGCACCCGCCCAGAGCCCCAGCCCCCAGGACUGCUCCAGGAGCUAGCUGGCAGGGACGUCCCUGAGGGGAGUGACGGCAACUGACCCCUGGGCCCAGGCCUGUGUCUUAACAUCUUGGGCUCCCUAGGAGCUGCCCCCGCCGCCCUGGAGCUGCUGCAUGCACAGCGAAGAGGGGGUCUGUGGGGCCCACCUUCCCUUCCCGGAGAGGGUGUAGCAGUUCUGGACUGGAGAACACAGAGAUGGAUGAAGCGCUUUCAGAAGAAGAGAAAGCAUGAAGCCUCUCGCGGCCCACAGCCAAUCCUGGGGCGAUGCCUCUGUCCCUACCAAUGACCAGCGCCAGCUGUACCACCAGGUGCCUUGGGCAGAGACACCUCCAGCGUCCACACACUGGCCUUCACCUUCUGUGCAGGUGGUCUCAAGGCUGGAGGGAGCCGGCAGCCCUCUCUUUAGGAACCUGCUCUCCCAUCUCUCCUGGCCUCCAGAAUCACAAAGCUUUUCCCCCAAAGGAGGUUAAACACCUCUCCGUGCGUGGGAACCCUCUCCCGUCCCCAGGCGUUCUCAGCCUCCCCUUGGCAUAGGUGGGCCCCUGCCCGCAUCACUCAGGACCCUUCCAGCCAGUGCCUCCUCGAGCCGAGAAGGAGCCUUGACACGGUGCCUUAUCUCCCAGAAACCCCGCCUCAGCCCGGCGGGUGUGUUCCCACCCUUUCUUCCUGGUAACCAAAACCCUCGAUGCCCAUAAGAGGGUCUUAUUUAUAAACUAUAUAAAUACCCUUAGUUGGGCCCUGGACCAAGUAGCUGCUCAGAUUGCCCUUUCUAAUCCUACAUGUCAAGCUUAUGUAAAAAAAAAAAAAAAAAUUUUUUUUUGGUCUUAGUUUUGUUCCUUCUUACCCACAAACCAUUACUACUUGAAACUCAAUGUGUGUAAAGGUUAAAAGGAAGCAGUUGGACCGAUCCUGUGAUUUGUACUGUUUACUGCGGAGUUAUUUAAAGAUUUUGGAAUAAAUAUGCAAACUACCAUUGUGAAAUAAAAGUGUAAAUAAAUUGUAUAUUUUGAAAAAUAAAAACAUUGGAAAAGAAA